AUGGCUUUGAAUCCCAUAAGAAAGUUUUCUUUUCAAUUCUUUUCUGUGAAUGUUUUUGUAGGUUUGUUUGCCUAUACUUGUGGUAGUAUAUUAAUAAUAGAAGAUUUAAAUACCAGUGAACAGAGACAUUUACAAGGGCAUACAGAAGAAAUUUCCACUAUAGCAUUACAAAAUGAUUACCAGGUCAUUGCCUCAGCUAGUGGAGGAUAUGAGGGUGUUUCACCCAGUCAGAUUUGUAUCUGGGAUAUUAAAGAUGGUAUUUGUAAGAAGACGUUGUCCCAUCAUGAAUAUGAUAUUGUGUGUAUGACCUAUUCUAGAGAUGACAGGUUUCUUGUUUCUGUUGGUGAUUACCGUGAAUGUAAUGUUGUAUUAUGGAGUACUAAUGACUAUUCAGUACUAGCCACUACAACAACUGACUACCCUAUACACGAUAUUCAAUGGGACCCCUCUACAGUCAAUGAGUUUUCUACAGUUGGUGAGAAUGCUACAGUAUUAUUUUGGUUAUUGGAUGAAACUGUAUCUGAAGUUGCUUUAAAUGUUCAUGUUGCUAAUGUUCCUGAUGAACUUGUUUCUUCAGCAGUAUCAUUUACAGCAUUAGAGUUUGGUAAUGAUAGUACGCUAUAUAUUGGUACUAGUCAUGGUAAAAUAACAGCCUGGGAUACCAGACAGAACUCUUGUUUUAUGUUAUGGGAUGGAGAUGAUGCUGAGAUUGAUUUACUGCUAUGUAAUGGUAAUAAAUUAAUAACUGGUAGUUGUAAUAAUAAUGUUAAACUAUGGUCUCUAGAUAAUAUCAAUGAUAUUAAACAGUCUAAUAGACCACCAGCUUUACAACAUGGUUUAACUCUUGAAGAUGAAAUGACAUUAAAUGGUAUUAUAACUUGUGCUGUAUUUGAUCCUAAUAUGGAGAUGGGAAUAGUUGGAACUAGUGCCGGUACUCUAUGGUAUAUUAACUGGUCUGAGAGAACCAGUCUUAGACUAGUAUCAGGACAUAUGAAUAAGAUAAAUGGUAUGAGUAUAUGUAACAAUGGUUUAUUAGCUACUGGUGGAGAUGAUGGUAGUGUUAGAGUAUUAACUAUUAAAGAUAGGGAACAAGCUUUACAGUUUCAAGUGUUAGAUCAGAAAUGUACCUGUCUAAGUUUUGCCCCACCCUCACAGCAAUCCAAUCAGUCUAUACCUAAUAUAGCAGCUGGGUUUAGUGAUGGUACAGUUAGGAUGUUUGAUGUUAAUAAGGUAGAAAUGGUGUUAAAGAUGCAACCCCAUGGUGUUUCUGUUACAGCUAUAUCUUUCUCAUCAGACGGGCGUAUGAUAAUAUCUGGUAGUCAAGAUGGUAUAUUAUGUGUUAGUAGUAUAACUACAGGUUUAACUGUUAGAUUAAUCAAUGAUCAUAAAGGUUCACCAAUAUCUCAAAUAGAUAUUACUGUUAAAAAG